CGUCUCACCGCCGGCCCUUGGGGAUCUGCGUGUGUGUGAGAGAGAGAGUGUCUGUGCGCGGAGCCGUCCGUCCAUCGUCCGUCCAUCAUGCUGGUCUCCCUGGCCGUGUGUUCCCUCUGCCUGCUGGCCCCGGGAGCUCCGCAGCCCCGGCCCGGCCCGCCGCCGCCGCUGAAGAACGACGCCACGGAAUUCCUGCCGCCGUCGGGCGGGGCCCCGCGGCCCGCACAGCCCGCACCGCCCGCACAGCCCGCACAGACGGCCCCCGGACACAACCGCACCAUCAACCGGGCGGAGAACGGCGGGAGAGCCGCCCAGCUCCCUGCGGAGCCCAGAGACGCCUCCGGGUACAGCUGCCGGGAGCUGCUCCGGACCCACUACGUCAGCGACGGGCCCUGCCGCAGCCCCAAGCCGGUCACCGAGCUGGUCUGCUCCGGCCCCUGCGGGCCCGCGCCGCUGCAGCCCAACGCCAUCGGCCGGACCAAGUGGUGGCGGCAGGGCGGGCUGGGCUUCCGCUGCGUCCCGGACGGCUACCGCAGCCGGCGCGUCCCGCUGCUCUGCCCCGGCGGGGAGACGCGGGAACGCAAGCUUCGCCUGGUGUCCGCCUGCAAGUGCAAGCGCUCCAGCCGCGCACACAACCAGUCCGAGCUGAAGGAUUUCGCCCCCGAGGCCGGGCGGCCCCCGAAGGGCAAGCCGCCCCUCUCCCGGGCCCGCCCAGGCAAGCCCGGCCGGCCCGAGCUGGACAACGCCUACUAGCCCCCCGCCGCCCGA